AUGGAAAACGGCGGGCAGACCGAACACACCAUUGAUCUGCCCAACACUGGGAAUCAUUUAGGUGAAGGCAGCAAGGAUGGGUUUGGCAUGGUUACUGACAGCACUAGGCAAGAUUCAGUUAAUGGAUUGUCCAGCAGGUCUUUAUUAUCCAGUAGCCCUGAACCUGAACCUGAACCCAUCCCUGUUGAUUUUGAGCUCCUGUGGAGACUGCGGAAGUAUUUAGUACUGCUUGGAGUCUUAGCAGUUACUGUGACAUACAAUGCUGGAUUAACACCACCAGGGGGAUCUUGGACACUAAACACGGAUGGCCAUGAUGCUGGUGACCCUGUCCUGCAUGUUGGCUACUCUCUAAGAUAUGAGGUAUUCUUUUACUGCAACACAACAGCCUUUGCUGCAUCUCUUGUCUUAGUCAUCUUGCUUCUAAGUAAGAGUGUGACGAAGCGGAAUAUAUGGCUCCGUUCAAUGCAAUUGACCAUGCUGCUGGACUUAUUUAGCCUGCUGGGGGCCUUUGCUGCUGGAAGCUGCAGGGCACCUAAGUCAUCCAUUUACAUCUGGAUUCUAGUCUUUGCUGUUUUUGUGUAUGUUGUGAUUCAUACCCUAGUAUCCAGAAGGGUUAUUCCAAAAUCAUUGAGAAAGAAGCUGCAAACAAUGAUGGAUGAAAUUCGAUCCAGACGCGGUGGCAGUGUCAGUUCCACACAAGCAAGCAGCAAUCCAGAGGAAGAUGUUGAGGAGGACCGUAAGUUCAUAUUGAUGCUUGCAACUUUUGCUGCUACUAUCACAUACCAAGCCGGAUUGAAUCCACCUGGAGGCUUUUGGGCUGAAAAUCCUUCUUAUGAGCAUCCUCCAGCUACCUCUAUUCUCCGCAGUAACUACCUUCACCGGUAUAAUAUUUUUAUUUGCUGCAAUGCGACUUCUUUUGUGGCAUCUUUGGUCACAAUCAUUCUUCUUCUGAGCCCAGAAUUGAGUAGCCAUGGAAUAAGGUCCAAAGCUGUGAUUGUGUGUGUCGUAUUUGACCUAUUUGGUCUGAUUGGGGCCUAUGCUGCAGGGUGCUGUAGGAGUGUAAGGACAUCUUUCUUUGUUGUGUUCAUUACUGUCAUAGUAUGGGUCUGCUUUGCGGUGUUAGCUGCGGCAUUUGUUUACAAACCUGUAGCAGACUGGCUGCAAAAGAUCAAAGAUCAUAAGUGCUUCAAAAAACUUGGUCGGCUCUUUUCACUGGAAUCAGGAAAUUCAGAGCAAGAUCAUUCUCAUGCAACUGGUCAGCAUACUACAGACCUUGCAACAGUUACGCCAGAAGAAGGCAGUGCUUCUGACACAGAAAACCGAGUUCAAAACAGCAAACAGGAUGGAAUCCUUAGGGAGCAUCAGCAUGCAGACAGCCAGAAAAUUGCAAAUAAUGAGGAGGCUGAGCCCAGCUCAGAGCAACCAUCGGUCAAUGACCCGCAACCAGGAAAUACCACAAAUAUUGUGUUCAACCCAGAGGGUCAGUGUAUAGACUGCCAAUCAGUUGCAAAUGAUGCAGUCUCUGACACAGGACAUCCUUCAAUCAAAUGCCACCAAGCUACAAAUACUGUGAAUCAAGUGCCUAGCACUGAUAAUCAUUCCGCAGACAAUCAGCAAGAUGCAAGUAAGAAGGAACAGCUGUCUCCAAAUAAUGGCCCAAAGACUGCAAAUAUUGUUGACUAUAUGCCCAAGAAGCAAGUUGCAGAUACGAAAGGUCAAUCUUCAUCAACUGAUGAAUGCAAGGAUGCAGUUAUUUUAGUGGAUGAUUCGUCUGAACAAACAACGUCAGAUAAUCACUGCAAUGGAGCCACCAACGAUCACCAAGUACAGCAAGUGCAUUCUGAUGGGCCUAUGAGAACCAGUGAGAUUGAGAUGGUUGGAAGUAAUAACAUUGUUGUGCCUUAUGAAAAUGGCAAUGUUGACAAGAAAGGAGGUCCCACUGAAGAUAGCAGCAAAAAGAAUUCUGAUGACGGACCAACUUCGGAACCUCUGAAGAAGUCCCGCACAUACCUACUUCUUCUUGCCAUUCUGGCAGUUUCUCUGACAUAUCAAUCAGGUUUGAAUCCGCCAGGUGGCUUCUGGUCAAGAACAGAGAAUGGUCAUUCAGCUGGUGAUCCCAUCCUUGAGGACAAUCACCAUCCCCGUUAUAUUGCAUUCUUCUAUCUGAAUGCAGUCGCGUUUGUUGCAUCCUUUGUCAUGAUCAUUAUGCUCCUGAACAAGAGGAUAAGCGAGAAGGCUACAAAACGAUUUGCUCUACAGAUAGCAAUGAUAGUGGACCUUCUUGCCCUAAUGGGGGCUUAUGUUAUGGGAAGCUCCAGGGAGGCAAGGAGCUCCAUGUACAUCUCAUUGUUGGUGGGCCUUGUACUUGCUUAUGUUGGCAUUCAUCUUUUGAUAGCACAUGUAAUCCCUGAAGGGUGGAAAAAAGUGGUGGCUGAAAAGCUAAAGCUCUUCUCGUGCAAACAUUUGUGGCCCAAAUUGCAUCAGGAUGGCGAAAACCAGAAUGGGGAUGUUGACGGGAAGGAGUGGGAGCGGAGGCGUAAUCUGCUAUUGAUUCUUGCUGUUCUAGCUGCAACUGUCACAUACCAAGCUGGUAUAAACCCUCCAGGAAGUGUAUGGUCAGAUGACAAGAAGGUCAGUGGCACACCAGGCAGUCCAAUCCUUCAGCACAAUCAUUCAAAACGCUAUGAUGUGUUCUACUACUCAAAUUCAGUUACAUUCGUGUCAUCUGUAGUUAUCACGAUACUACUUGUGAACAAGGAAUCAUGUGAGCGUGGCAUCAAGUGCUAUGCACUGCGAGUAUGUCUGGUGGUGGGCUUGGUUGGCCUCUUGAUUGCCUAUGCUGCAGGAAGCUGCAGGAAAGCAAAAGAAUCUAAGUAUCUCAUCAUCAUCGCUGUUGCAGUUCUGGCCUUCCUUGUGAUUCAAGUCCUUAUACUCUCUUCGACACAUGGUACAGUAUGGGGGCCGUUGAGCAAAUUCUUGGAAGACUCUCUGAAACGGCUUCUUCGUCCAAAAGAGUCCAGGCAAGAAACUGUUUCUGAGCGGCAAGAAAGUUCGGAUCAGAAUGAGAAAGAAAAGAGAAAGAGGCAUAAAUAUCUGAUGCUCCUUGCAGUUUUAGCAGCCUCCAUCACAUACCAAGCUGGUCUGAACCCGCCUGGUGGUUUCUGGUCUGAUGAUUCCAACCAUGUUGCAGGAAAUCCAGUCCUUCAUGAUAUUCAUCCCUGGCGCUACAGAGCAUUCUUCAUCUUCAAUGGUAUCUCCUUCAUGACAUCUAUUGUCGUGAUAAUGUUUCUGUUGAAAAAGGCUGUGAGGAGGAAUGGUGUUCUACUGGAGGUAUUGCAUUUGAUCAUGAUACUGGAUCUGCUAGCUCUUAUGACAGCUUUUGCUGCGGGAAGCUGCCGAAAAUUAAGGACUUCAAUGUAUGUCUAUGGGCUAGUAAUUGCGGUUGCAGUAUACCUCGUGGUUGCAAUUGGUGUAGCGAGCGGCAUUGCGAAGUGUCUGAGACCAAGGCAAAGAAAUGGGCAUUCCCUCGAAGGCAAUCCUGAAAGUGCUUCCACAACAAACCCGCCGAUAGCUGCACAACAAGUUUGA